AUGGUGAAGAUUGAGGCCUUCGCGGUUGAACAGUGGAUGGACAAGUAUGAAACCACUGCCAAGUAUAAUACCGCCGAAACCUGCUGCGCAUCCAUCUCCGUCGAUGAUCUCCGCGCGCUCUCCGAUGACAAGAAGUCCAACCCUUUGACCGAGCUCCAAUCCACUAAACUUACAUAUGGGGCGAUUCGUGGCUCCGAUAAAUUGCGAAAUACAUUGGCGAACUUGUAUUCGGUGAGGGCACCAACGCAGUUACCGAAGGACAAUAUCUUGAUCACUGCUGGCGGAAUCCAAGCGAACUUCUUGCUGUUAUAUACCUUGCUUGGCCCAGGAGACCAUGUCAUCUGCCAUUACCCGACAUACCAGCAGCUGUUUUCGGUCCCUGCAUCAGUGGGGGCUGAAGUCAGCUUGUGGAAGUCCAAAGAGACCGAUGGAUGGCAGUUGGACAUUGAAGAGCUGAAAGACCUUAUCCGUCCCAACACGAAGCUGAUUAUCAUCAAUAACCCGCAAAACCCAACUGGAGCCAUCAUCCCCCGCCAGACACUCCAACAACUAGUCGAUAUUGCGCGUGAGAAAUCCAUUAUCAUCCACUCCGACGAGGUCUAUCGCCCGCUUUUCCACAAUAUUAGUCCCGCGGACCCGAGAUUCCCACCCACACUCCUUUCUAUGGGCUACGAACGCACCGUGGUGACAGGAUCUGUUUCCAAAGCAUAUAGCCUGGCAGGCUUGCGGGUCGGCUGGGUCGCGUCGCGAGAUAGCUCUAUCAUUGAAUCUCUUGCUAAUGCGCGCGAUUAUACAACUAUCUCUGUCGGGCAAAUUGAUGAGGCAAUUGCCAGUUUUGCACUAGCACCAGAUUGCAUCCACAAUCUUCUAAAGCGAAAUCUCGAUCUCGCUCGGACUAAUCUCUCUAUUCUGGAGAAGUUCGUCGAUACUCACCGCUGGGCGUGUGAGUGGAUUAAACCGCAAGCCGGUUCCACUGCAUUUGUGCGCUUUAACAAGAUGGGAAAACCCGUUGACGAUGUCGCUUUCUGCGAGAUAGUCCAGGAACGCACUGGUGUGAUGCUGGUUCCAGGUAGCCUUUGCUUUGGAGUUGGAGAAGACUUCAAGGGUUAUGUUCGCAUUGGGUAUGUCAAUGAAACCGAGGUCCUGAAGCAGGGUUUGGAUGCAUUGGGCAAGUUCAUGGAAGAUGAGUAUGAGGACGUCCCAGUGAAGAGGCCCUUGAAAAAGUGA